AUGUGUUACCAUCUAGUAUACUAUGACGAGGAAAGGGAGGCCGCGAGCCCGCCUCCCGAGGCGACUCUCGGCCUCAAACCCUCCGCCCUGCGCGAAACAGUGGAUACCAAGCUUAACAACUUAUCGACGAGCGUUACCACCUCUCGCGGCGCAUCUGCUCGCUACAGCGACUACGCAACUCCGUCGCGCCGAUCCACCGCCUCCCGAUGGAGCUGCUCGUCGAGGUACUUAUUCCUGUUGCAAUCGGCGGAUGGGUCGGAGCAGGAACACGUCCUUUCCGUGAGCCACGUCUGCGCGCAGUGGCGCGCCCUCGCAUUCAGCGUGCCGCGCCUCUGGACACACAUCCCCCUCUGGCAGUGCGACCUCGCCAGACUGUUCCUCACAUGCUCGAAGGACCUGCUUGUCACGUCUGAGUCGGGUAUCGAAGGGUCUAAAACACUGUUGCAAGCCCUGCUACCUCUUGAGCGGUUGCGAAGCUUGCGUGUCGCUUUGUCAAACCCUUUUGACACGGAAGUCCUCCUCGAGUUCUUGACACAGCCUGCUCCGCAUCUCGAGAAUCUUGAAUUGCUGACCAAGGACGCCGAGGGCGCACUAUCCCCGUUGGACCACGGCGUGACCAGGACACCUACCCCUUUCCUUGCCAACACUGUGCCCAAGCUCCGGUCCGUCGUCAUGGAGAACAUUAGUUUUCGCUUUACAUCCGGGAUUUUUACAAACCUCACGCAGUUGAAGGUGUUCGACGUUGACGCCCACGUUCCGCCGGUAGAUCUGUUUCUGAACGUCCUUGACCUGUGUCCGCAUCUGGAGAUCCUAAAGUAUUGCAGCAAGCGGUGGUCCUCAGCUCGAACGGCUGCAUGGGCACGCUCCCGACCCGUGGUACUUUCGCGGCUGUUGGAACUCGCCCUGGAAUACCAACCGUCCGCAUGGGUAGCGUUUGUGUUGGGCAGCGUGGACCUCACGGCGACGCACGCACGAGUGCAGCUCACGCAACACAAUGAAGCAAACUUCUCGUUCCUACCUGCGGACAUGGCUCGCGUUCCAUCGCUGGCGGCGCUCAUACACGUGCUGGAGGCCGACCGCGAGCCGAUGGCCAGCAUUGUACUUCGCAACAUCAGAUGGAUAUCCAAUAGCAUCGCGUGCCGGGCUGCAUUCACGAAGCUCGAUGUCUCGGCGCUCGAAGACCUGAUCAUCGAGGAGACCUCGAACAAAAGCUAUCAUAUAUUGCAGCGGGACAAUUGGUCGUUCUGCCUUGGACAGUCGAACAACCUCCGCUAUCUGCACCUGGUGGACUUGUCCUCACGGGAAGCCCAAAAGAUACUGUCCGUGCUGUUUACGUCGGCGUCCGGUCAGGAGGGGGGCGAUGUGAUUUUCCCGCAAUUGGCGACGCUGCAGCUCACUGGUUUGAGCUAUGAUGUGCAGACGGAACAGGCCCUUGUAGCUUGCUUGCAGCGCGCCUCCGAUGCAAGGGUACCCUUAAUUCUGGUGAAACUAUCGGGCAUGGAACUUUGGCUGAGUCCCUCUCUUGACCAACUGAACGGUAUAUACGCAAAACCGACUGUUGGUCUAGAUCUCUGA